ACUGAUAGUGGUCGACUAUAGUUCGUUACUUGUAUUUUUUCUCAUAGUUACAUUACAUUACGUAAUUGUUCGCGAACGUAUAUUUAAUUUCUCAGGGAGCAGUAAUUUCAACGAUCAUCAAACAUUAAUCAUUAUUACAGUAAUCUGUUAAUGAUGUCAGCUUCAAAGGGUGUUGAUGCAACCAGGGUGCUGAGAGGCAUGCAAAUGGUGCUGGAAGAAAUAAUGAAGAUCAACGAACAUAAUUGCAAGAAAAAUAUGAAAAAUUGCAGUAUAGCUACUGCAUUUAAAGAUGCUACAAUUCAAUUUGCUGAUGGGUUAGGAGCGGCUAAAUUAAAGCCCGAAAAUAUUGCAAAAGAAGUCUCUGAGAGAUCUGCUAUGGUAUUCGAGGGUAUGCGAAAAGUUAUUAUAAUGACCCUCCAGCAAAAUAAUCAAUCUGAAGAAGUUUUACCUACUAAUCCAAUAGAUAUUGAACCUUUUGAUAAAUUUCCUAAUGAUGGUCAAGCACUAAGUGGACCAUUUAAAGUUCCUAGUGAAGUAUCAAGAAAACAAUAUUUUUAUGGAAAUCGCUCUAAAGAUUUAGUUAUUUAUCCUUAUAAUAAUAACACUUUUAAACAGAAAUUGAAUUAUAGUAUUAUUGGAAACGAUUCAAAAAAUGUAAAUAUAACUGAAGUUAAAGAAAAACGCAAACCAACUGUAAGCAAAAAUAGUAAACCCAAACAACAGCUAAGUGGUACUGCAAAACAGAAAACCGUACCAUCGUCUCAUAUAGGCCGUAUGUUGUCGUUUGGUGGACUUGCAGCUGGAAUUGGUAUUGGAGCUAUUACAGAAGUGACUAAACGUUCAUUAGGGGUAAGCAAUUCUACUAAGAAAGAAGAAGGUGGAUACAUGGAGAGUGCAUUUAUAUCUCCAGAAAAUGCUGAACGAAUUGCUAAUACAUUAUGUGAAGUUCGAGGUGCUGCUUUAAAAAUUGGUCAAAUUCUUAGCAUACAAGAUAAUAAUUUAUUAAGUCCACAACUUCAGAAAGCAUUUGAAAGAGUACGCCAAUCAGCAGAUUUCAUGCCUACCUGGCAAUUAGAAAAAGUAUUGGCUUCAGAAUUGGGGACAGAUUGGAAAGAUCGGUUUGAAACUUUUAAUUUAAAGCCUUUUGCAGCUGCUUCUAUUGGUCAAGUACAUGAAGCUACCCUUAAAGAUGGAAUAAGAGUUGCAGUUAAAGUUCAGUAUCCUGGUGUUGCUGAUAGUAUAAAGAGUGAUAUUGAUAAUUUAGUCGGUGUUAUGAAAGUGUGGAAUAUGUUUCCUGAAGGAAUGUUUAUUGACAAUAUAGUUAAAGUUGCUAAUAAAGAACUAGCCAAUGAAGUAGAUUAUAUUCGAGAAGCAAAAUGUACUAGAAAAUUUCGGAAGAUAUUAGAGCCAUACAAUGAUUAUUAUGUACCAAAAGUUAUUGAUGAAAUUAGUACUAAACGGAUAUUUACAACAGAAUUAAUUGAAGGAGUACCAUUAGAUAAAUGUGAUGGUAUGGAUCAAGCCACUCGCAACAACUUAUGCUUUUUAGUCUUACAAUUAUGCCUUAAAGAACUUUUUGAAUUUGCAUACAUGCAAACUGAUCCAAAUUGGGCCAACUUUUUCUAUAACGAAAGAACAAAACAACUGAUCUUAUUGGACUUUGGAGCUACUCGAUCAUUUGAUCAAAAAUUUCUUGGUGACUAUUUAAAAAUCAUUAAAGCAGCAGCUGAUAAUGAUCGAUCCUUAGUUCUAAGUUUGUCCAAAGAAAUGGGUUUUUUAACCGGAUUUGAGACCAAGGCAAUGGAAGAGGCUCAUGUUGAAAUGGUAAUGAUUAUGGGAGAAGUAUUCCAGUAUAAAGGGGAGUAUGAUUUUGGCUCUCAAAAUUCGACCAAACGCAUCCAAUCAUUAUUACCAAUAAUUCUUCAUCAACGGCUGGCACCUCCACCUGAAGAAAUCUAUAGUAUUCAUAGAAAACUAUCUGGUAUAUUUUUACUUUGUUCAAAAUUGAAAGCAAAGUUUAUGUGUCGAAAAUUGUUUUACGAUACUUAUGAACAAUUCAAACACAAAUAUUCACAGUUGCAGUAAUAGGAACUGUUGUAAAUAAUAUAAUUAGUUAUAAAUAGUUAAUCUAAUAAUUAAGGGAAACACAAGAA